ACAAAAUGACCACCGCUGUUCAGCCCAUUUUCUCAAAGGGAGAGGACUGCAAGUCCGACUGGCACAACGCGGGCGCCGGUUAUAAUGAGGCCGAUACACACCUGGAGAUCAUGGGCAAGCCCGUGAUGGAGCGCUGGGAGACCCCGUACAUGCACUCCCUGUCGACCGUUGCCGCCUCAAAAGGCGGUCGGGUUCUGGAGAUUGGUUUCGGCAUGGCCAUUGCUGCCACUAAAAUUGAGUCCUUCCCCAUCGAGGAGCACUGGAUCGUCGAGUGCAACGACGGUGUCUUUGCCAGACUGGAGAACUGGGCCAAGUCUCAGCCUCAUAAGGUCGUUCCUCUGAAGGGCCUUUGGGAGGAAGUUGUUCCCACCCUGCCAGACAACCACUUUGAUGGUAUUCUGUAUGACACAUACCCUCUGUCCGAGGAUACAUGGCACACUCACCAGUUUGACUUUAUCAAGGGUCACGCUCACAGGCUGCUGAAACCAGGCGGCGUCCUCACUUAUUGCAACUUGACCUCCUGGGGCGAGCUGCUCAAGACCAAAUACGACAACAUUGAGAAGAUGUUUGAGGAGACCCAGGUGCCUCAUCUGCUCCAAGCUGGUUUCAAGAAGGAGAAGAUUAGCACUACCACCAUGGACAUUGCACCACCCAGCGAAUGCAAAUACUACUCCUUCCAUAAGAUGAUCACUCCCACCAUUGUCAAGGAGUGAAGUCUGAAGACACUGUUGCAACCUUUUAUUUUUUUACACUAAUGUACCUUCUUCUACUGACCUAACAUCUCAUUGUCUGCCAUCCUUCAAUAAACUUAAAUCCAUCCAAACUCA